AUGUCGGAGGAGUACACCAAGAGGCUGUGGCUUGAGGAGGACUUGGCGGAUGACCUGAAGUGGUCCAUGAUGGUCAAGAACGUCAUGUACUCUGGGAAGAGCAAGUUCCAGGAGGUCGACCUCAUACACACUGGGCCGUUCGGCAAGACCCUGUUCCUGGACGGCAAGGUGCAGAGCAGCGAGGUGGACGAGUGGGUCUACCACGAGCUGCUGGUGCACCCCGCCAUGCUCAUGCACCCAAACCCAAAGACGGUGUUCAUCUGCGGCGGCGGCGAGGGCGCGACGGCGCGCGAGGUGCUGCGCCACAAGAGCGUCGAGAAGCUCGUGAUGGUGGACAUCGACCAGGUGGUGUGUGACUUUUGCCACGCGCACCUGGAGGUGAACAAGGGGGCGUUUGAGUCGCCAAAGCUGGAGCUGAUCCACGACGACGCGCGGUCACAGCUGGAGGUGCGCUUCGGGCGGCUGCUGCUGCUGCCGCUGCCACUACCGCUGCUGCUGCUGCUGCUGCUGCUCCUGCUGCUGCCGCUGCUGCCGCUGCUGCCGCUGCUGCUGCUGCUGCUGCUGCUGCCGCCGCCACCACCGCCGCUGCUGCUCCGGUGGUGGUGGUGGUGUGAGAACUACCCGGGCAAGUUUGACGUCAUCAUCGGUGACCUGGCAGACCCAUUGGAGGGGGGCCCCUGCUACCAGCUUUACACGCAGGACUUCUACCAGACAGUGGUGUUGGAAAAGCUCAACCCAGGCGGCAUCUUCAUCACGCAGUCGGGGCCGGCCGGCAUCCUCUCAUGCACAGAGGUGUUCACGGCCAUCAACAGCACCCUGCGCAGCGUCUUCCCGCGGGUGGUGCCCUACACGCAGCACAUGCCCGUGUUCUGCGACGUCUGGGGCUACAACCUUGCGCUCACGGACCCUAGCCAGGCGGACAUUACCCCCGAGGAGAUGGACGAGCGCAUCGCGGAGCGGAUAGAGGGGGAGGCGCGUUUCCUGGACGGGGCCACUUUCAAGGGGCUGUGCUCGCUGAACAAGCACCUGCGCGGCUGCCUGGCGGCGGAGACCUCGAUCUACACCAAGGACAGCGCGCGCUUCAUCCAUGGCAAGGUAGCCGCCUCGAACUCUGCCGCGGCCACCAACGGGGCCAGCAGCUGA